AUGAGAAUUUUCUUUUUCAACUUCUUUGUUGUUGUAGUAAUAAUCAUUAAUACUUCUGCACCAGUUUCUGCUCAUUUUUACACUAACAUUUCUUCAAUCCCUCGUUCUAUAUUUCCCAAUAACUCUGCAUGGAACCAUUUCAACAAGUAUUUGGGUUGCCAUGUUGGCCAAAAAAUCGAAGGCUUAGCUAAAAUCAAGCAGUAUUUUCAACAUUUUGGGUAUAUAAGUUCUUUGAGCAAAAAAUUCAGUGAUGAAUUUGAUGACGUUCUUUUUUCAGCACUUAAGACUUAUCAGCUUAACUUUAACCUUAACACAACCGGAGAAUUCGACGCGGUCACUCUUCAACAUAUGAUAAAACCCAGAUGUGGAAAUCCAGAUAUAGUAAAUGGUACUACUAGUAUGAACUCCGGCAAGUCUCCGGCCAUGCAUAAGGUGGCUCAUUUCUCGUUCUUCGAAGGUCGGCCACGUUGGCCACCGAGUAAAACUAAUUUAAAGUAUGCAUUUCUACCGGAGAAUCAGUUAACGGAUACUGUUAAGGCAGCGUUUGGACGGGCGUUUGAUAAAUGGUCGGAGGUAACGCCGUUAAGUUUCAGGGAGACGGGUUCUUAUAGAACAGCGGAUAUUCGGAUCGAGUUUUUAGUCGGGGAUCAUGGAGAUGGUAACCCGUUUGAUGGGCCCAUGAAGAUUUUGGCCCAUGCAUUUUCACCGCCUACGGGAUUUUUCCACUUAGACGGGGAGGAGAAUUGGGUCGUGGACGGCGAGUUUUUGAAAGAACCGUUAUUGAGAAUAUCGGGUGUGGAUCUUGAAUCGGUUGCAGUUCAUGAAAUCGGGCAUUUAUUGGGUUUGGAUCAUUCAUCCAAAAAAGAAGCGAUUAUGUUUCCCACACUUAGCGCUGGUGCAAGGAAAGUGGAGUUGUCCAGUGACGAUAUUGAGGGGGUCCAGAUGUUAUAUGGGUCGAAUCCGAAUAAUAAUGGGUCAAGUACUGUUUUUACACCGACUCAAGAGAAUGAGAUUAGUGGAGCUUCCACUUUUGGUUCAUUGGUUUCGUUGGUUAUUGGAUUCUUCUUGGCAUUUGUGCUUUGAAGUUUGAUAUUAUUUUAGUUGUAUGAUUUGAUUAUUAUUCUAUCGGUACCAACCAUUUUACCUUUACAAAAUUAGGAUAAG